AUGGCUCCGGACCCGAAAGCGCAAGAGGAAGAAACUCGCCAAGACCCGACCCCUUCUCCGAAGGGCGUACUGGUCUACGAGGCUCCUCCACUAUUUGGUGAGGGCAGCAAGGUGCCUGGAUGGGUGCAGAACCUACUCACCGACGUCUUCAGCUUCGUCACGGUGCACUACUUCGUGUGGAGUUGGCCAUUCCUCGGUCUCUUCUACUACCUGCAUCAGCGAGGCCUGAACUACGUCUCCAUCGCGAUGGUGGCGCUGUACCUGCCUUCGUUCUUCAGUGGAGCCCAGAAGACAGGAAAGGGCAACGUCUGGGAAUCGCUUCGCACCUCCAGCUUAUGGGGGCUGAUGAACAAGUUCCUUCGCAUAAAGAUCAUUCGCGAGCAGGAGCUGGACCCAGAGAAGAAGUACAUCUUUGGGUUUCACCCACACGGAAUCAUCGUGCUCUCGCGCGUUGCGAUCUUCGGCAGCAACUUCGACGACGUGUUUCCAGGCAUCAAGAACCGACGAUUCUCACCGCACGCAAUUGUAUCCGAAGUGCUCGGAGCUUCAGCCAUGUACUACGUCCCGCUGGGUCGCGAAAUGUGUUUGUGGAUGGGCGGCGUCGAUGCCUCUCGCUCCACAGGCGAGAAGGUUCUGAAGGAGGGCAACAGCAUCAUCGUCUACCCAGGCGGCGUGCCGGAAAUCUUCCGCACAGACCCGGACUCGAAAGAGACGCAACUCGUUCUGACGAAGCGCUUCGGGUUCAUCAAGCUUGCAAUGCGUCGAGGCGUGGAUCUGGUCCCCACAUUUGUGUUCGGCGAGAAGUGGCUUUACAACAAAUGGAGUCCACCGAAGGGACUGACGGAGUCCUUCCGCAAGGCGUUUGGCAUCCCCGUGCUCGUCUUCUGGGGCAAGUUCUGGUGGAUGCCCAAGGCUCCGACCAAGGGGAAACGCUACGGACUCGCGUACGGAAAACCCAUCCCCAUCAAGCACACCCCAAAUCCGACGGACGAGGAGGUUCGUGCCAUCCACACGCAGUACGUCGCUGAGAUCGAGCGCAUCUUCCAGCAGUACAAGUCGGAGUUCGGCUACGAGGAGGACGAGACGCUGACCAUCAUUUAG